UCACGAGAUAGGGGAAUACGACGCCGAGUAGGACAGCGAAGAAAGCUUCAUUCGGUAUUAUUUUUUCAGAGGCUUUGAGUACAAAGAAAUAAUUUUGCUCCUAUUGAAAAACCAUGGCAUUGAAAUGAGCCUUAGAACUUUGAAAAGUCGAAUCAAGAGUUACGGUCUUAGGAGACAACAACCAGAAUACAAUAUCGAUCAGGUCAGAGCAUCUGUCCAAACUAUUAUUGACGGCCAUGGAUCUUUACAAGGAUACAGGUUGGUGUGGCACAUACUACAGCUAAGAGGCACCAGAUAACCGCGCAUCGUUGUAAAGGAACUUCUUCGAGAGAUGGACCCGGAAGGCUCGGAUUUAAGAAAAGCACACCGCCUAAGGAGAAGGAUUUAUCAAAACCCAGGUCCAAACUACUCAAGGAGCUGUUACAACCCCUAAGGAUAAUAACUCAAGCUACCAAGCAGUAGAAUAUGCUGGGAUUGGAAGCAUGAUAGGAUUCUGGACUAAAAUAAAGGAUAUGUGUUUGAAAGGGAAAGAGAGGAGAGAGAUUGAAGAAAGUUGGCGCUAUUCUUUGGAGAUGAGAUUGAAAGAGAAUAUCAUAGGACAAGAAGGAGCCAUUCUCACAGUUGCUGCAGCAAUUCGUAGAAGAGAAAAUGGUUGGUAUGAUGAAGAACAUCCCCUUGUGUUUCUCUUUCUUGGAUCUUCAGGGAUUGGAAAAACAGAGCUUGCCAAACAAGUGGCUCGUUAUCUUCAUAAAGACAACAAGAAGUGUUUGGUAAGACUGGACAUGUCUGAAUACCAAGAAAAGCAUGAGGUUGCGAAAAUGAUCGGUGCACCACCAGGUUACAUUGGACACGAUCAAGGCGGACAAUUGACAAAGGAACUCAUUAAGUGUCCAAACGCUGUAGUGUUAUUUGACGAGGUGGAGAAGGCCCACCCAGACGUUUUAACAGUCAUGCUCCAAUUGUUUGACGAGGGUCGUUUGACGGACGGACAAGGGAAGACAAUUGUAUGCAAAGAUGCCAUUUUUGUGAUGACGUCAAACCUUGCUAGUGAAGAAAUAGCAAAUCAUGCAUUGGAUCUGAGAAAAGAAGCAAAACUAGCUGCUGAACAAAGACAAGAAGGUGAUGAAGUAAGUGAAAAGGUUACUAUAUCAAGAAAGUUUAAAGAAAGAGUGGUCCAGCCUAUUCUGAAGAGUCACUUCGGACGAGACGAAUUCCUGGGUCGCAUCAAUGAGAUUGUGUACUUCCUGCCAUUUUCACACCCAGAGCGUUUAAGUUUAGUGACAAAAGAGCUGGAUUACUGGUCAAAAAUGGCGUUGAAUCGACACGAUAUCCACAUGACUUGGGAUAAAGAAGUCUUGAAUGUACUGGCUGAUGGCUACGACGUACAUUACGGUGCGAGGUCAAUCAAACACGAAGUUGAAAGAAGAGUUGUCAAUCAACUUGCUGAUGCGCAUGAGCAAGAGUUGAUAAGUCGCGGAUGCACCGUUCACUUAACAGUGAGCUACCCCAAAGAUAAAACUGGACAGAACUCAGAGGAAGUAGCUCCUACCAUCAAACUGCAGCUCGUUAAGGAAGGAAAAAAGAAAGUUGACAUUAAUGUUGGAAAUCAUUUCGUUCCUGAAGAUAAACUGUUCGUUUGAAGAAGAGAAAGCGAGCAACUAACGACCCAGGAACGGAAAUGAAUUUAAAGACACUUGGUCUUGAGGAUUCACACGUUAAGUGUAUAAUGUUCAUGGAGAGCAUGUUGGCUGAAUUUUUAGUGCAGAGCCUCAUAAUGGUGCGCCAGGUGCGCCUACGGUGUUAUACAUGCGUGACAUUUUUCGGACGUUACAUGUACGAGUAAGUGAUCCGUUUGAGGGUCACCGAGUUAGUGCAAAUAUUUGACCCCUCAAUAUCACGUAGUGUCUCUAGUCUACAGAGGUCUUAGAAGACUUCAUUACAUGGAUUUACCUUUUGCGGGUAGAAGGUUAAAAGCGAAUUUCUCGGGCGUAAUUGCCUUUGAUUUCUCAAUUGAUGUUGUCGCAAAUACAGUUUUAAGGAGUCACGAAACAAAAAAACUUAUCAGGACCUAUUUUCAUGUUCUAAUGGAAAUAAAUAGCAAAUAAUAACACAUUCUCUUGAGAAAUAAAGUUAUAAAUAACUGGGGUUCUUUGAAACAAAUGGUGAUAGAAAAGAUUUCAGUUCUGGUCAAUAUUGACUUU